AUGCCCACAUUGCGAUUGCGAAAUUUAACCGAGGCAUUUAGUCGCAGGCUAUUCUCAACCAGUGGUCUUGUACGUACGUUUAAUGCUGGUAAAAUUUCACCAUUCAUAACCAAAUUAUUAAAGAGUAGGGACAUCACAAUUACGGAGAAAGACUGCCAGGCUGAGCUGAGGAAACCAUUGCUUGAUGUUUUACAUGAUAGGGGUCUCAUAAAAACUUGCAUUAAUGAGGAUGGCCUCCGGAAAAUAAUAGCCACAAAAAAAGUGGGGUUGUAUUGCGGUGCCGAUCCGACUGCUAAAUCUCUUCACUUAGGAAACCUCCUUCCUCUUAUGAUAUUGCUGCACUUCAAUAUACGUGGUCACAAUAUAUUCCCACUAAUCGGUGGCGCGACAGGAGCUGUCGGGGAUCCGUCUGGCAGGACUACCGAGAGAACAUCAAUGACUAAUGAUAGUAGAGCUGAUCACGUUUACAGAAUAUCACACCAACUUCUAAACUUCUUUCAAACAGGAAUUAAAUAUGCAUCCACUAGAAAUCCAGCUAUAGAUGAUACAAACUGUGGGGUGUUGGAUUUGAAAAACAAUUAUAAAUGGUGGGGAGAAAUGGGAAUGCUUCAAUUUUUAUCGACUUAUGGUAGAUUUAUAAGAGUGAAUCAAAUGUUAGCUCGUGACUCCGUGAAAAGAAGAAUUUCAUCGGAGCAAGGAAUUGGAUUUAAUGAAUUUACAUAUCAAGUGCUACAGGCCUAUGAUUUCUACUAUUUGAACAGAACUUACGGUGUGGAUGUUCAGGUAGGCGGCAAAGACCAAUAUGGUAACAUAGUAGCUGGAAUUGAUUUUAUCUCAAGACUUAACAAGGAGGACAAUAAAAACAACGGUAAGAAACAACAAAAUUCGUGCUUUGGAUUGACAGCACCAUUAUUAACAACUGCAUCGGGUGUAAAAUUUGGAAAGAGUGCGGGUAAUGCGAUUUUUAUUGACCCCGAAUUAACUCCAACAUUUGACAUAUACCAAUUCAUGUAUCGGGUGGCGGAUGAGGACGUGGAGAGAUUCUUACACAUGUUUUCACUUCUUCCAUUACCUGUUAUAGAUAAAGUCGUUGAGGCACAUAUGCAUGAUAAAUAUACGAGGUUUGGACAGACGGUGCUUGCUUGCGAGAUUUGCGACUUGAUUUAUGGUGAUGGUACCGGGCUAAUUAAUCACAAUAUGAGUAAGUUAAUAUUUGAAAACCCGAAGACUGUGGAUGCAGAUCAAAUAAUCGAGGCAUUCAGUGUGCAACCAGAUUUGUUAACCAAACUUACGAUGAAGCAGGCAUUGGGUCUCAGUGUACCAAAUUUGCUUUACAUAAUGUCCCAUGGUAUUAAAUCUAAAAAUCAUUUUAGAAGAAUGAUGAAAACAGGUGCUGUGAGAAAUGGAAAAUCGAGGAAGAUGAAACUCAUGGAUCCACGCAAUUUACUUAAGAGAAAAGAUCUCAUCGAUGAAAAAUUGCUUAUUUUAAAGGCAGGCAAGGACGUGUACAUUGCAGAAAUUACUGAGUAG